AUGGACGUCGACGCUGAACCCCCAAGCUCUCAAUUCCCCCUCCCCGACCCCAAUCCCUCGCCCUCCUCAGCACGCGUCCACUGGGCCUCAAAUCCCGAGAAACGCCUUCUCACCCGACAACUCGUCUUUCCUCCACUUCUAGUCGACCCCCUGCCUGAUGCAGUCACUCGCCCCUCCGCCCAUCAACUCCCUCCCUCUCGCAAUCCUCGUCCCCUCCCCCCAGACCACCCCGCCAGGGCCAAGAGGUUCGACAUCCGUUCAGAAGAAUCUCCCUCAAUCCCUCAGCACAUGGACGACCUCCAGUCCGCAAUCGACAGGAUGAAAGGCAAGCUCCAACAAAACGCAAAGCAAAAGGCAAACAACGAACGCCGUCAAGGCAGCCUGUCCAUCCUCGACGACAUGUCCACACCGCUCCUUAGGCACCCACCUAGGCGCGAGCACACAGCUGAAGGUAUCCUCCCAUCCAAGUCAGCUUCCAACAGGCCCUCCCGUCUUCAGACCCGUGCCUCCGAGUCAGAUGUGCCGCGCGCGUCCAGGCAGGAGCGUGCAACUACCCCCGUCGGUGACCUCUCCCGCGCCGAGUCCCUCGGCAUCCUUGAAUCUCUACGGAAGCCAAUGGAUAUAGAUUGGGAAGCAGACAUCCCCUCCAGCACGCCAUCCCCGCCCUGUAGACCUCACAAGAAGCGUUCCAGCACGGCCGACGCCUCAUCGCCAUCCGACCCCAAGCGCGAGUCCCAGACCUCCUCCUCGUCCUCAGCCGCCGUGUCCCCCCUCAGCAUCCACCAUGGCUUGCACUCGCGCUCAGACUCGUUGGACGAGGACUCGUCGAUGGCCAUGGGGGACGCAACUGCCGAUACCUCGCUCGUCGACGACGACAUGCUGCCGGAGCCGCAUCCGCCAUCGCCCGAGGUCCCGUCCCCCUCGGCGGCAGCGAUGCCCCCGCCCCGCCCUCCCCCAGUCCCUGUCCCGCAAAGGCCCAAAGCCCCGCCCGAGCCUCUCCCCCGCGCAACGCAGCCGCUCGCCCCUACGCCCUCCCUCUCCCGCCCGUUCGCCCCGCCCUCCCAGGUCCACCCCGGGCAGUCGCAGGCCGCCCGUCCGCGCGCGUCCCAGCACCCGCCCCCGCUGGGCAUGCGCCGCCUGCCCGGCCAGCCCGCGACGUCCGCCAACGUCAAGAAGCCGUACAAGCUCUCGAUCGGCCCCAACGUCAAGAAGCCUCCGGCCGCAGCUCAGCCCCAGCCAGCUGAUGGGGCGAGAAUAUCCGCCCGUGCGCAUGCUCGUGGUGCGGAGUGCUUGUCGCCUGCCGUGCCUGACCCGCCGCGUCUCGCUGUCCGCGCGAGUGCGACGGUGCAGGGGCCGAGGCUCGCGCCGGUGCUGGAGAUGUCUGCGCGCAGGCCCAUGCCCGCGCCGGAGCCGGACGAGGAGCCAAAGGACGCGAACUCGAGCGCGGAUCUGUGGGCGUGGUUUGACGACUGACGGAGUGAAGUGGAAGAGCGGUUCUUGAUGUCGUGUGCUCUUGCGGUAUGCUCUGUGCCUCUGCUGUCUCUCCUCCUCUGCGCUAUGGACAAUGCAUGUCUCUGAUGAUGCCGAUUCCUGGAACGCUAGUAGUCUUGCUUUCUCGCGCACGUAAUGGUCUCUGGCUAUGUAUUAUAUGUCGAAUCC